AUGGGAGCCAACGAGGAGUUUCGGGUUCUCAGGCUCGCCGUUUUGGCUGCUGACGAGGUACAGCUUGCCAGCCAAGUGGCACACGCACCGAUGGUGUGGGACUUCAUAGCCGGCUUCGCUGCCCGGAAAUCGCACUUCAGGUCCCAAGUGGCUGAAGUGGUGAGUGCCCUGCGGAAAGAAUCCGGAUGGGAUGCGGCACUUGAGGCAGCCCAGCCUUCGCUCCAGGGCCGUUUGGAGGCACUUCCCGACGCUGUGCGCGGGCAGCUUAGCCGUGCGGAUCAGUCCCCCUCCAGUGUCGACGAUGUUGGUGAGGCCAUGAUGCUUCUUGCUUCGCUCUGCCUUGCCCUGGUGGCUGGAGAGGACACAGCGGCAACCACUACGGUCGCUCUGCUGUCCUUCAAGCCGGCGCCGGGGAGCGACGGCCAGAACGUGGGCUGCGUGGGCAGCUCGCCGGCGGAUGUUGGGCCGGGAUAUUACGAGGAGUCCUUUGGUUCCUCCUCCUUGGAUGUCUGCAAGACCAAGUGCAUUUACAAUGUGAAAUGCACGGGCAUCGAGUACAGCAGCGGAGAUGAUGGUCGUUGCAGGGUCUGGACCCGACCCGCGGGCAUUGGGGGCACUGUGCCACUGACCGGCUAUGACUGCUUGCAAUAUGAGCACAGCUUGCCGCCAGGUGAGUAUUGCUGGAGCUUCCUGCGGGUCGAGGUGGGCGUUGUCAAGUUUGUUGGCUUCCAAGUCCCUGAUUCGCGUGUUGAGGGCAAUGGCCAGCCAGAGCACCUCGAUCAGUACAAGUGCCUCGAGGCAGGAGCUGAAAAGCAGCGCUGCUUUGCUGCUUUCUCAAUGCAUGGCUGGCUUGCGCAGACGGCCAAGUUGGAUGAGGGCAAGCGGCUGUACUACUCAAUCAGCUACCUCCUGGAUUGUAUAGACGGCUACGCUGCGCGUGCCCUCAACCAGGAGUCACGAUUAGGCUAUUACUUGGACAUGGUGAUUGACCGUGUCUCAUCCUGCUUAUGCCUUCACUUCGCUGCCAAGUCCGUGCUGGAAGGCCGGACAUGCUUCGGAACCAGCGCGGCGCCAAUUGUCGCAGCAAUUCUUCGAAGCCUCAUCGUGUUGGUUGAAAUUGUGGCUCACGUGUCUGUCAUGUUCCUCUCAGAAGUUCUGGGCGUGCACCAGAAGCAGAUGGGAUAUGACUACACCAUUGUGCGGAAAUACUUGAGCGACAAAAGAUACUUGUUUUGGUCUUGUCUUAGCUUUGAGCUGUUUGGGCUCAGCCUGAUUGUCAACGCCACACCAGUGGUUCUCAUCAGCUUGCCGGGCUUUGUCUUCCGCGCAGCUGCCAACAUCUGCCGGUUAAUCUCCAUCCUAACAAGAAAGGAAACCAGGAGGUGGAGCGAAGACGAGGACACCCUUCGAUCUUCGCGAGAGAAAGUAAGACGAGGGUCUUCCGACAGGCUGGGGAACCACCGUGCUGCCAGCCCAGAGGGCGCGCAGGUCGUCCGAAGGAAGCGCAGCAACGAGAGCACGCAGGCACCCGCAGAGCCUUCCGCGGAUCCUCCCCAGUAA